GUUCAACGUACCACAUUGGUGGAAGAACACAGGCUGAACAAUAUCUUGGGGACUUGGAACGACUGUCAUCACAAAUCGCCCUCGCAGGUGCAUCGUCUGGAACCUCUGAGACAAAACCCCAAGUCCACGAGUCUGCAUCCCAUUGUUCUUCAGGCUGUCAAUCAGUUGCCUUCGUUACUGUCAUGAUCCCAAGUCGCCUACUGGACGAGUGCUCUCGAGCACUGAAUACUGUCUUGUUGCUAGGGAAUUAGGGCCGGCGCUGGGACAGUACUUAUCAGGCACCCGCAGUGCCACUGUUGCCUUUCUCUCCACGAAAUUCCCUCACUCGCGCUGUCCACCACCUCUUAGCUGCUUGCUGAACAUCAAGGUCAGUUCUUUCUCUAGUACGAACAGAACUGACUCGUAGCAUCACAGGUACAGACACGAUGGCUACUACGGCCUUGGUGACUGCGUCGCCCCAGGCUGGCCCCACUACUGACAGCUCUGCCACACCGUUCAAGUCGCCACCGAAGCAGGCUUCAUACACCGCGAAUUUUCCGUUCAACAACGCCCACAGAGAUGCGGACGCUAUUCUGCAGACCGCAGACAUGGCGAAAUUUUACAUCCAUCGAGCAGUGCUGCGUAUCGCGUCGUCCUUCUUCGCGGACAUGCUCUCAUUGCCUCAGCCCGCGUCGUCGGACUCUGACUCUCACAACGAGUCUGCCCUUCCCGUCAUUCACAUCUCGGAGAACGCGGACACCAUUGACCGUCUGCUGCGCAUAUGCUACCCUGUCGCGAAGCCAUGUUUCUUUGGUGUUGCGUUUCUCAGCCCUAUCCUUGGAGCCGCAAUCAAGUAUCAGAUGACUGAAGCAAUAGCCGUGUUGACGAAGGAGUUGCUAUCCUCUUGUGACUCUGAUCCUCUGCAGGUGUUUGCAGUGGCGUGCAGGCACAACCUCGAAGGCGCUGUCCUGCAAGCGGCAGCGGCAUUCUGUGUGUUGAAGCAGGAGCAAAGACCCUGCCCAGCAACAGGGCGGUAUCGCGUCCCUCGACCCAUCGCCGAGUACACGGAGCUGAUGGAUACCGUGUCGGCGUCGGCAUAUUACCAGCUGCUUCAAUUCCACACGAAACGCGCGUCCGCUACUUCUGUUUUCGCUGUUCCGACACCUAAAUUCUGUUUGCCUUUGGCGCCGAACCGACCGUCGAUCCCUAGCGGAAAUCAGGAACAGGCCCCUGCUCCCUUCGACGACACAAACCACGGGGAUACUGUCCUCUACUCUUCUGACGGCGUCAAGUUCUACGUUCAUCGUAAUUUCCUAGCAUUUGCAUCCCCCGUCCUACGCGAACGGCUUGCGCUACCGCCGGAUGCCGCUCGCUCGACCUGCGAACAUCGGGUCAGCAUCGCGGAGCACGGGUCUAUCCUGGCGCUUUUGCUGCCUCUGUGCUACCCCAUGGCAGACCCCGCCAUGCCAACGAGGUCCUCGCACGACGAUCGUAUCCACGAUGCUUGCUCGCUUCUCGACGCAGCGCGCAAGUACAAGGUCACGAGGGCAGAGGAGUUCGCAAAGCGGAUGUGCAUCAUCGCCGCGGAGUCGUUCCCGCUGCGGCUGUACCUCAUCGCCUCGCACUACGGCUGGGACAACAUGAUCGAGCAGUUCGCCCUUCGCGCGGUCUACGAGCUCGCCGACUCGGACGCCCACGUACCGGAAAUGGACGUCGUGUCCGCAGGGCCGUACCGCCGCAUCCUCGUCUACCGCCAGAAGUGCCGGAACGUCAUCCUCUCGAAGUGGCAUGGCGGCAACGCUCCCCAGGCCCAAUAUUGGAGUCAGGAGCCGUGGCGUGCCCAGGAACAGGCCGCUCGUGACCCUCCCGCGAGCCUGAAUGUGGAGAGCGUCUUGCCCUCGUCGACGAGCCAGGAAGCUCCAGCAGCGGUACCGGGUGUGUUCGGCCAAGUUGGACCACCUGUGUUUGUUGUCGGUGGCGGGUCUGCAUUUGGCAGAUCAUUGCCCGCUGACGCAAAGAAGGACACUGGCGCGGCUAAGGAUGCUGUCACUGUCAGUAAGCGGUCAUUGUCGCUGAGACAACAGACGAUCUUGAAGAUAGCGGAGGAGCUUGUAAAGGGACGGCAUCCAGUGGCGCUCUCAAUGGUCGCGUAUGCACGCAGGCAGCAGCACGGUAUCGAUUUUGUAGCGAUACUUAACAGCGCAUCUAGCUCUAUGUCAAUCCCGAGUACGCCUGUUGACCCAGACGCGUCAGCGACUCACUCUGAAUCACUAUCCACGGAGUCAAGCCUGGCCAUAGCGAACGGCGACGGACCUGCGACAACCGAAAACGUCGAGGUCAAGACCGCCGAUACACCCUUCAACAACCCGUACGGCGAUGCAGACGUGAUCCUUCGAUCCUCGGACGCGGUCGAUUUCUACGCACACAAGGCCAUCCUCCGCAUCUCGUCGACCGGGCCGGGACCCGCACCAGCCUUCCGCUCCAUUGUUACCGAGCGAGGAAGAUACGCUUCAACGUUGAACAAUGGCGAAGGUGCAUUCUCCAUGUAG